CUCUGGAGGUCAUUGGAGGAAGAUCGACAACGGUGCAGGGAGGAGCAGCUGUCCUCCACUGUAAACUCAUUGGUACCACAGAGACCCUCACACAGAUUUCAUGGCAGAGAUUGACCAGAGGAAAACCUCGGACGGACAAUUUCUAUACAAUCUCGUCCCAUUAUGGACCACGCUCUGUCAAUGGCCGUGAUGAUCGGUUUAGGUUCAUUGGGAGUUUUACAGAUAAAGAGGGUACUCUCCAGUUAUCGAAUGUCACACUGAUGGAUGAAGGCACCUACACAUGUGUGUUCACUUUGUUCCCCAGCGGGAUCCAUGAGACAGCGAUACCUCUUAUAGUUCCUGUGCCUCCGGUCACAAGCCUGAAGGAUGCUCAUCCUGCUUUGGGUAACGACGAGGUCCCUCUUAUUACCUGCACGGCUGCUGGUUCCAAACCUCCUGCAGAGGUGAGGUGGCUCACUGGUACUCUGGGAGAGAAAGUGAGGCCGUCAACCAACUCCAGCCUUCAUGCUAACGGUACGACUACCACAGUCAGCUGGCUGUUUGGAGUGCCUACCAGAGAACUCAACGAUCGUUCAGUCCAGUGUGUCAUCACCAGUCCUGCUCUAGAGAGAGAAGAAACCCUGACCUCCACCAUACAUAUCCACUCUCCUCCUCUGGAAGUGAAUAUCACUGAAAGGUCGGCACACUCCUUUGAAUGUCUCACAGAGGCAUAUCCAGCUGCGAGCUUUACUUGGACGAGGUACAGACAUUUAAAUAAUCUGAUUCCAGAGCAAAACAUUUUUACAGAAAGCAAACAAAAGAACAAAGAUAAUCGUGUCUCCUGCUGCCUCUCAUAGGCCCACCCAGGUGCAUGCUGGUCCUCUACCUGCCUCUUACUUAAAUAACCUCUGGUGCCCACAGUGUUACCAAAUACCUAACAA